GAUUUACAAAAAUUGAUUUUCACACAAAAUAUCACUAUCAGUCGUACCCAUUUGGGAGCACACACAUACAUACACACGCAUUCACAUAACAAGCUGAAUCAACAAUUUAGAUGAGGGGAGCAUAAGUUUAACAUUUCGACUCUUGAUUACGUUGGCAAACGUCGUAUGUGAGUGUGUGUGCGUCGUACAGCUCAGCGCGAAUGUUUUUUUACGAGUCGGAGCGAAUGAAUUUUAACCACACGUUUGGUACGGUGGUGCUUCGCGUUGACGUGAGCAUUGCGCAGUAGCAAAACAUUCAGGGCAGCGACGACAGAAGGGAAGUCUUUCGGUAGAUCGUUCGUCGUCUCGUAGUCACUGCUUAAACAAAUCUGUUUUUAAAUAAGAGCGACAGGGAGGGUGUGAGAGAGUCGUUGGCAACGAUUUCGCCGUCUACGUGUGUAAUUCAAGUCCGAAUUUCCCCUACCAACAUGUCAAUAGCGAGCGUGGCAGAGCGCAUGAGAGCGAGUGAGACAUGUGGAUGUACGGCGUAUUGCCGCUGUUAUUUGUAUAAGGAGAAGCAAGUGAGGACGGCGGAGUUUUUGAUUCAUAACUAAUUGGAUUGCUGAAAUUGUUGAGGACUUGAGUGCUACCAGCGGAGGUAGACCACGGAAUAUCAGAAUUUUUCUCACGUUUUAUUUAUUUUUUAUUGACAAAGUGUCCGGCGACAACGACGUUUAACGCCGUUGUAACGUUGGCUCGAUGAUGGCAUUGCCAAUGAACUCACUUUACUCCCUUACGUGGGGCGACUAUGGCUCGUCACUGGUGACGGCCAUUCAACUCUUACGUUGUCACAACGACUUGGUGGACUGCACUUUAGCUGCUGGCGGGCGCAGUUUUCCAGCGCAUAAAAUCGUAUUGUGUGCAGCGUCACCGUUUUUGUUGGAGCUGUUAAAGAAUACGCCAUGCAAGCAUCCGGUAGUGAUGUUGGCCGGCGUCAAUGCCAACGACCUGGAAGCGUUGUUGGAGUUUGUUUAUCGCGGCGAAGUAAGUGUCGAUCACGCACAAUUGCCGUCGCUAUUGCAGGCCGCACAGUGUCUGAAUAUACAGGGCCUGGCACCGCAAACCGUUACGAAAGAUGACUACACCACACAUUCAAUACAACUACAGCAUAUGAUACCACAACAACACCAUGACCAAGACCCACUGAUUGCCACCAUUGCUACCGCACCACAACAAACCGUACAUGCACAUGUCGUCGAUGAUAUACACCAAGCUGGCCAGAUCUUGCAAACGACUACCCACACUAACGCCGCCGGACAACAACAGACCAUUGUGACCGCUGAAUCGCCUAAGGAUGUUAUUCAACAAUUCUUGCCCGCACGCAAGCGCAAGCCACGUGUUAAGAAGAUGUCACCGUCCGCUCCAAAAGUUGCUAAAGUUGAGGGUAUGGAAACGAUCAUUACUGCACCGACCACUACUACUGUCGUACAUCAAGCUACACAACAGCAACAACAACAGCAGCAGCAACAACAGCAACAAAUACAGGUACAACAACAAAGCAUUGAAAAUGGCAACGAGACACAGAUAAUAACUUCGACACCGCACAUCAAGAGUGAAGUGGGCAAGGUAGAGACGAUUGUGACCAUGGACCCGAAUGUAACACCGAUAUCAACAGUUAAUACUAGCGAUGUUAGCACCGGCGGCACAACACCAGCAAGCAGCACGAAAACAGUUAAACGCACCAAGAGUGAAUCCCGUUCACGCUCACAAUCGGAACAACCGGCCACCUGUCCCAUAUGCUAUGCAGUCAUCCGACAGUCACGUAACUUGCGUCGCCAUUUGGAAUUACGGCAUUUCGCCAAACCCGGCGUAAAGAAGGAAAAGAAAACACCAACGGGCAAAAAAGUUAUAACCACAAGCACCGGCGCUGGCACCAGCAAUGCAGCUGGCACUUCAACGAUCACGACAGCAGUUAGCACCAUACCGCAGGUGCAAUCGGUACAAUCGCUACACACAUUACAUACGGUACAGGUGAAAAAGGAUCCGGACGCGCAGAAUCAAGGACAACAAACCAUGACAGUGACCACCACGACCGGCGCUGGUGGUGGCCAGCAACAGCAGCAACAACAACAGCAGGUACAACAAGUGCAGGUGCAACAGGCCACGACACAGCAGCAACAGCAAAUACAACAUCAUCAAAUCAUCGAUCAAUCGGGUAAUAUAACAACGGCCACGACAACGGGUGGUGGACAGCAGCAGCAACAACAAACGGGCGGACAAAUCGUAACACAAACCGAAAAUACAGACGGCACAACAUCGUUGUCCAUUGCGCAGGUGCAAACGCUGCAAGGCCAUCAAAUACUGGGCAAUAUUAAUCAGGGUAACAAUAAGAACAUUUUGGUAAAGAAAGUUUUCAUUUUGAAAGGCGGUAAUAAUACGUAAUGAUGAGCCAACGAUAUGAUCAGCGGUAGUGGAGGAGGCGGGAUAGGCGUGAUAGGCGGGAGCAGUGGUGGCGGCAGCGGCAAUAGCACCGGCAACAGCAACAACACGAUUAGCGGCAGUGUGGUGAGCACCACACGCCUCAGC